AUGUCGAAUGAUGCAGACCUACUACUACUACCCAAUAUAAUAAAAAAAUGUAAUCGAAAAUAUUACAAAACUAAAAAAAUCAGAUUACAACAACAAAAAGUAACUAUUUCAAAUAUAGAUUAUAUAGGUAUCACAUAUGAAAAUUAUGAUCGAAGAAACAACCAUAAACAUUACAAUGAUAAUGAAAAUUAUAUGAAAAAGAACAAAAGUGGAAGUAGAAAGGGCAAAGUUUGGUUUACUGGAAGAACAAAAGCUAAUACAAGUUAUAAUAAAUAUUUGUCUGAUAAUAUUAAAAAGAAGAAUGUUGGUAAUUGUUGUGAAGAUUGUAGUCAUGAAAUUUUUACAGAUUAA